AUGGAUAAAUACGUGACUAAGUUGUACAUUGGACAACCAAGUUCUAGUAGCCAUCCAUCUGCCAAUUGCUUAAUUGGUUUACUUGCUCCAAGGCAAAUCUUGUUGAGGUUUGACCAAUAUGAAGAUUUUGUACUAGCUCUAUCUCGCUCGUUAACUAUCUGCUCUACUGAUGGACAAGAACAUCAAUAUAGGGUAUUUCCAUGGUCCAUUGGAUUUAAUCCUAAGGAGGAAACGACUAAGGCUGUGGUAUGGAUUUCUUUACCUGAUUUAUCUCCUGAUUUGUUUGCAAAGAAGUCUUUAUUGUCUAUAGCGUCCGCUGUUGGGAAACCAAUAGCUAUAGAUAAAGCAACUCAAAUCAAAUCAAGACCUAGCACAGCUAGGGUAAAGGUCAUACUCGAUCUAUUAGAUAAGCUUCCAAAUCGUAUAAGGCUGCAGUUCGUGGAUGGAAAAUCUGGUAAAGUUGUCGAGAUUUUCCAGGAGAUUGUCUAUGAUAAUUUGCCUUUGUAUUGCAACUAUUGUAAGCACCAAGGUCAUGAUGAAGGUAGUUGUCGUCUGUUAUUGAAAACACAUAAAAAUAACAAUCAAGCUAAUGGGGAAGAUGAUGGAAGUGUUGAAAAAUUUCAAGGCGAUUUGCGUACAAUUUUAGAUGUGAAAAAAUUUAAAAAAGGGACUAAUCAGGCAGUAAAAGGAGUAGAUCUUUCGAGUCCCACUGUUAGUAAUGCAUUAUUUGAAAUUCAAAAUAAUGAUGCGAAUUUGAAUGGUGUGUCGAUUAGCAAAUCGAAAAGAACAACUUGGAAACGGAGGAACUAG